CUAUUCUGCAACUUUCUCCCUCCAAAUUUUCUUGCGUCUUUCCUCGCUAAAUAUUUUCACUCUUUUUUCUUACUAAAUUCUGUUUCUCCCUUCAAAUUAAUCUGCUUCUUCAGAUCUUAGGGAUUUGAUAACUGCCACUGAAGUUACAAAAAAAGUCAAACAAAUGGAGGGUUCCAAUGGCAAGAGUGUCUCCUCAAAAGCCUUUGUCAAUAUCAAAACAUCUUCAACUAGUACAGAUGAGAAUGAUGAAAGUAUAAGUUUGCAAAACUCAAAGAAAUCAACAACAGCAAAGCAUUUUAUGUCACCGACUAUAUCAACAGCUUCAAAAGCCGUUGCUCCAAGAAAGAAAAUUUUAGCUGAAAGGAAUGAAAAUUGUGAUACCCAUAUCCCAAAUCCUUUAAGUUUCAGCCUUUGUGAUGAUUCUUUGUCACUUAGUGAUGAUUCAUCUUUGAAAUCUUAUGACCCUUCAAAAAAUUGUACCUCACCAAGGCCUAAGUUUCUUAGGUAUAAGCCUAAUAGAAGAAGAGAGAUAGUCUUAAGGCAUGAAAAUAAGGUCAAAGAAAUGAAAGAGGAUGCUUAUUUAGUCUGUGCUUCUCUAGAUGUUUUGGUGAAGGAUGAAGUUGAAGUUGAAGAAGUAGAAGAUGAUGAUUAUGAAGUGGAGUAG